AUGUUUAAUCAACGCAAGCUGCACGCUUACCUGCUACUCUCCAUAGUCGCCACCAACUGCCUGCUCCUCACCUAUGCUUAUCCGCAAAAUGAGGUCUAUCAACGCCAGCGUCUCCAGCAAGUGCAACACGCCCAGCAGCAACAGCAGCAGUCACCCAUCUAUCGACCGGCGGAGGAGUCCACUGGCCGCAAGUAUGCGGUGAAGCCGAAUGCGUCGAAAAAAGUGGCGCUCGAUGAUGUCGAAGAUGACGGUGACAGCGUCAACCAGAUAACUGACACACCCACCGGCUUCUCAUGGUCGAAUAUGCUGUCUACCGUUUUGACGAUGUUCUUCAAUGGGCCGGCGAAUGCGCCCACCAAAUCGGACGAUGUUGAUAACUCCGUAGGUUUCGGUGGUUCGCCAUGGGCCAACGUUAUCUCAAUGGGCUUGAAAAUCAUCAACACUUUGUUGGGCGGUGGGGCACCGAGCGAUGGCAUCGAUAAGGUAGACAAUGGCGGCUCACCAAUGCAGAACAUCUUAGCUGCUGUGCUGUCAUCAGUGCUUGGCACCAAAGAUCCCGAUCAAGUCAAUUCCAUGGCGAAACAAGCUGGAGAGUUCAUACAAAUCGUGAUGAAUCUGUUGGACGCACUGAAGACCUCGUUCUCGCAUCGCUCGCUAACAGCCCGCUCGAUGGGCAAGCGCGACUCGGUUAGCGAUGCCACCGUGGCCGGUCUCUCGCUGCUGAAGGGCUACGUGCGCACCUACCGCAAUGCCGACGACAAGUGCAUGCAACGCUACAUGUGCGAGGCAAAUACGGAGUGCGUGCGCGAAAUUGGCGGCGCUAGCAUUUUCUGCCAACUGGGAUCUUACGCGACCAGCUACUUCCUGGAUCGCAACAGUGGCGGUCAGUUCGAGCAUUUGUACGAUGCCGGGCGCAGAGGACGUUCCGGCUACGACUGCCAACAACUGUUUCUGGAGUGCAAUGAGGUUUAG